AUGAAUAAAUCGACCCUUCGACUUUGGGUCGCGCUCGCGCUCGUGAGUGCUCUUGCCUACCCCGCCGCUGCGGAGGUCACGGAGGAACAACUCGCGCGGCUCGGCAACGACCUCACGCCCCUCGGCGGCGAGCGGGCGGGCAACGCCGACGGCACCAUCCCGGAAUGGACCGGCGGCAUCACCACGCCGCCGGACGGCUACGUCGUCGGCGAGCAUCACCGCGACCCGUACGGCGGCGACCAGCCGCUCUUCGUCAUCAACGCCGCCAACCUCGACGAGCACCGCGACAAACUGUCGGUCGGGCACCAGCGCAUGCUGGAAACCUAUCCGUCCUUCGAGAUGCAGGUCUAUCCGACCCGGCGCAGCGCCUCGGCGCCGCAGCGCAUCUACGACGCCACCCGGAAUAUCGCUGCUACCGCGAAUCUGGUGGACGACGGCAACGGCGUCGGCGGUGCGGUGAUCGGCAUCCCCUUCCCCAUCCCGUCCAACGGCCUGGAAGCCGUCUGGAACCACCUGCUGCGCUACCGGGGCGAGACAAUCGCCUGCACCAUCGGCCAGGCCGCGGUGACACGCGGCGGCGCUUACACGGUCGUCAAGUACGACCUCGAAAUCGAGAUGCGCUACUCGCUGCCGGGCAUGACCGAGGAAGACCUCGACAACACCAUGAUCCUGUUCAAGCAGAAGGUGCUGGCGCCGGCGCGGUUGGCGGGCGACAUCCUGCUGGUGCACGAGACCAUGAACCAGGUACGCGAGCCGCGCAACGCCUGGACCUACAACCCCGGCCAGCGCCGGGUGCGGCGGGCGCCGAACGUCGCCUAUGACAACCCGGGCACCACCACGGACGGGCUGCGCACCGCCGAUCAGUUCGACAUGUUCAACGGCGCCGUCGACCGCUACGACUGGCAACUUGUCGGCAAGCGCGAAAUCUACGUGCCGUAUAACGCCUACGAGUUGCACAGCGACCAGAUAACCUUCGCCGACGUCCUCACCCCGCUGCACGUCAACCCGGCGCACCUGCGCUAUGAGCUGCAUCGGGUGUGGGUGGUCGAGGCCACCCUCAAGGAGGGCGCACGGCACAUCUACAACCGGCGCACCCUCUACAUCGACGAGGAUUCCUGGCAGAUCAUGCUGGCCGACAUCUACGACAACCGCGACGAGCUCUGGCGGGUGUCGGAAGCGCACGUCAUCAACUACUACGAAAAGCCGCUGAUCUGGUCGACGCUUGAGGUGCACACCGACCUGCAGGCCGGACGCUACCUCGCCCUCGGCCUCGACAACGAAUUCCCCAUGUGCACGCAGGACGUGGUGGCAAAGUCACGCGACUUCACCCCGGCGGCCCUGCGCCGCGAAGGCCGGCGCUGA